GAUGGCUUUCUGCAACCCAACUUUACUGGAAUCCCUCUCCUUCAAUCUCCUUUCCUUCCUGUUCUUUGCUUUCCUCCUUGCUUCUUCGAAUUCCAUCAGCACUGGCACCAUAGACCAAGCUGAUGCUCUUCUCAAAUGGAAAGCUACUCUAAACAACCAAAGCCAAUCUAUUCUCCAUUCAUGGACACUACUUGAUCCCAAGGCCACCAAUUCCUCUCUGCGAUCUGACCCAUGCAGCAGUUGGGAUGGAAUUGCUUGCAAUCAAAGGGGAAACAUCUCUGAAAUUAACUUACCAAGUAUGGGUUUGCAAGGUAUGGUUGAGAACUUCCCCUUUCCCUCAUUUUCUACUCUUACAAGUCUGAAUCUCACUAAUAAUUCAUUUCUUGGCACUGUUCCCUCCCACAUUGGAAACCUUUCUGUUAUCAACUACCUUGAUCUGUCCAUGAAUCAUUUCUCUGGCUUAGUUCCAUCUGAAAUCUGCUUACUUACCGGUCUUAAAAUCUUGUAUCUUGAUCAGAAUCAUUUCAGUGGAACAAUUCCUUACAGAAUGGGAAGAUUGAAAGACCUUACUAUUCUGACCAUGUACUCCAACAAUCUAUCUGGUUUCAUACCUGAAUCUCUAGGUAAUUUGAGUUAUCUACAUGAGCUCUCUUUGUACCAAAACAAUCUCAUUGGUUCAAUCCCUACAUCAUUAGGAAGGUUGAGAGAUCUAGCUGUUCUAUACCUGUACCAAAAUCAACUUUCAGGUCCCAUUCCUCAGGAAAUAGGAAAUUUGACUAAGCUCAGUAAAUUAAGCUUGGAAAAUAACAAUCUCAUUGGUUCCAUCCCUCAGGAAAUAGGAAAUUUGAAAUCUCUUACUGAAUUAUACUUGCCUAUGAACAAUCUCAAAGGUUCAAUCCCUGUUUCUUUUGGUAAUUUGAGAAACCUAACCAUUUUACGCCUCUUUCAGAAUCAACUGUCUGAUAGGAUUCCUCUAGAAAUAGGUAAUAUGUCAAGUCUGACUGAAUUAAAUUUGGCCGCCAAUCUUCUGACAGGAUCCAUCCCUUCCACUUUGUGGAACCUACAGAAGCUCACCAAAUUGAACCUGCUUGUAAAUCAACUUUCCGGACCAAUCCCUCGAGAAAUAGGAAAUCUUACAGAAUUGGAUAACUUACUAUUGGGAGGUAACCUUUUCUCAGGUAUUCUGCCACAAGAAAUAGGAAAUCUCACAAAAUUGGUUAACUUGCAAUUGGCAAAUAACCAAUUCUCAGGUAGUCUGCCACAGGGGAUAUGCAUGAGUGGAUCACUUCAAAACUUCACUGCAUUUAACAACCAUUUCACAGGUCAUCUUCCAAAAGGCUUCAAAAAUUGCACAAGCUUAUUUAGAGUUCGACUCGAAAAUAACCAACUUGUUGCAAACUUAUCUGAAGACUUUGGGGUUUAUGAGAAGCUGAAUUACAUUGAUUUGAGCAAUAAUCAAUUCUAUGGUGAACUUUCAUCAACCUGGGGCCAAAGUCAAAAUCUGCAAGCUCUUCUGAUGGCUGGGAAUAAUAUUACUGGUAAGAUACCUUCAGAGCUUGGGAUGUUAACUCAACUGCAUGUACUUGACCUUUCCUCAAAUUACUUGGUGGGAGAAAUUCCUAAGGAAUUUGGUGAGUUGAAAUCCUUGCUAAAUCUCAGUCUGAGUAGCAACCUACUUUCUGGCAGUUUACCUUUAGAAUUUGGAAGGCUAUACAGCCUAACAAAUCUUGACUUGUCAAAAAAUAGUUUGAUUGGACAAAUACCCAAAGAAAUAGGGAGCUGCUCCAACUUAUUAUAUCUGGAUUUAAGCAAGAACAAAUUGAAUGGAAGCAUUCCAGUUCAAAUUGGUAAUCUGGAUUACCUUCAAGUUCUGUUGGAUCUUAGUCAAAACAUGCUCAGUGGAGGUAUACUGUUGCAGUUUAAAAAUUUAGGGAACUUGGAAAAGUUAAAUCUCUCCCACAAUCAGCUCUCUGGUACCAUUUUAUCUGCAUUUGAUGGAAUGUCUAGCUUGACAUCCAUUGAUAUAUCUUACAAUGAGUUCGAGGGUUCGAUUCCGAACAACAGAGCUUUUCAAAAUGCUACGAUUGAAGCUUUGAGAAACAACAAAGCACUGUGUGGCAAUUUAACUGGUCUGCAAUCUUGCAAAUCAUCCUCGUCAAAAGGGGAAAAUGCAAAACCAGACCACAAAGUCCUGAUUGCUGUCAUGGUUCCAUUGUUAGGUGUACUAUUUCUUCUGUUUGCUUUUGUUAUUGCUUAUGUUUACCAAAGGGAGAGAAUUUUUGAGACAAAGCAAAGAACAACAUCAAGGGAUACGGAUUUAUUCUCAGUAUGGAAUUACAACAGAAGAAUAGUAUAUCAAGAAAUUAUUGAAGCAACUGAGGAUUUUGAUUCCAAUUAUUGCAUUGGAACGGGAGGAUAUGGAAGUGUAUACAUAGCAAAGUUGUCAACAGAUCAAGUAGUAGCUGUCAAAAAGCUUAACCAACCAUUACAGGAUGAGCAUGAGAAUGUCAACAUAAAGGCAUUUAGAAAUGAGAUUUCUGCAUUGACACAACUGCGACACAGAAAUAUUGUUAAACUAUAUGGUUUUUGUUCAUUUGCACAGAACAACCUUUUAGUUUAUGAGUAUUUUGAGAGAGGAAGUUUGGCUAAGAUCCUCAAUAACAGUGAGCUUGCAUCGGAAAUGGAUUGGGUAAGAAGGGUUAACGUUAUUAAAGGAGUGGCAAAUGCUUUGUCUUACAUGCACCAUGAUUGUUCGCCAUCGAUCAUUCACCGUGAUAUAUCGAGCAACAAUGUUUUGCUGGACGAAGAAUAUGAGGCAUGUGUGUCUGACUUUGGCACUGCUAGACUUCUAAUGCCCGAUUCUUCCAAUUGGACUUCUCAAGCAGGGACGUGUGGAUAUGUUGCUCCAGAGCUUGCCUACACGAUGAAGGUAACCCGAAAAUGUGACGUUUACAGCUUUGGGGUACUAACAUUAGAAGUGCUGAUGGGAAGGCAUCCAAGUGAACUCAUCUCUGUAUUAUUAUCGUCAUACUCAGUAAUGCCAUCGAAAAACCAAAUGAUGCUAUUGAAAGAUGCGUUGGACAAACGGCUUUCCCCUCCCACAAUUGACAUGGUUGAAGAACUCUUGUCCGUUAUGAAACUGGCAAUCUCAUGCUUAGCAACUAAUCCACAAUCUCGGCCUGACAUGCACUAUGUGUCUGAGAAAGUAGAAGAUAUCAUCUUGAAGCCAUCUUUUGCUUUGCAAUAUGCUUCAAAAUUAGAUUCCUUUGUAAGUGAAUAAGAAUAUUAGUCAUGUUUGGUAAUUUUCUAGAUUUCCACUAGUUUGCUUAAAUAAUUUAUGUUUUGCUGCCUUUUAAUGUGGGUAUUGGGUGGGCAUCCUUUUCCUCGUAGGCCUUUUGUGGGAUCAGUCCACCACCCAGAUCACUUUUUGUAUCUUUCCUUUUCAUUUUAAUAAAUGUUUGAGGACAAA